AAAUGGAUCCCUGGGUAAUCCUCAUUGCGAUGCAACCACCCAAGAUGGCAACCAAAAUCUAAAAGUAAACCUGACAAAGAAACAAAAAAUAUAAACAUUUUCACCUAUUUAAGUCGCUCUUUCUAAGAUAUAUAGACAAUGGAGAGUGCCGGUGAUCGCUCAACCCAAAAAAGUGAGUUCCUCGUGGGGUCAAAAUACCGUCUGGUGAGAAAAAUAGGCAGUGGGUCGUUUGGUGAUAUUUAUCUCGGAAUCAACAUAACAAAUGGAGAAGAAGUAGCAGUUAAAUUGGAAUCUGUUAAAGCUAGACACCCACAACUUCUUUAUGAAAGUAAACUUUAUAAAAUUCUUCAAGGUGGAGUGGGUAUUCCUCAUAUACGCUGGUAUGGUCAAGAGAAAGAAUACAAUAUCCUUGUUAUGGACUUGUUAGGGCCAAGUUUAGAAGAUCUGUUCAACUUCUGUUCACGCAGAUUCACUAUGAAAACCGUUUUAAUGCUUGCAGAUCAAAUGAUAGGACGUAUAGAGUAUGUCCACAAUAAAAAUUUCAUUCACAGAGACAUUAAACCUGAUAAUUUCUUGAUGGGAAUCGGUCGUCACUGCAACAAAGUUUUCUUGAUCGACUUUGGGCUAGCCAAAAAGUACCGAGAUAGUCGCACAAGAACCCACAUUGCAUAUAGGGAAGAUAAGAAUCUAACUGGAACUGCCAGGUAUGCCAGCAUCAAUGCACAUCUUGGCAUAGAGCAGAGUCGUCGUGAUGAUAUGGAGUCGCUUGGCUAUGUUUUGAUGUAUUUCAACAGAGGCAGUCUACCGUGGCAAGGUUUGAAAGCUAAUACCAAAAAGCAAAAAUAUGAGAAAAUUAGUGAGAAAAAGAUGUCAACGCCAGUAGAAGUUCUUUGCAAAGGUUUUCCAGCUGAAUUUGCUAUGUACCUAAACUACUGUAGAGGAUUGAGAUUUGAAGAGGCUCCAGAUUAUAUGUACUUACGACAACUUUUCCGCAUUCUAUUCCGUACCCUGAACUAUCAGUACGAUUACACUUUUGACUGGACAAUGUUGAAACAAAAGGCAGCACAAGUAGCUCAGUCCACAGCUACAGCUGCUGCUACCGCUGGUCGCUAAAUUUGCCAAAGUCUGAUAUUGCAUUAUUGUCAGAAAAUGAAAAUGUAUAUGAAACUAAAUUUGAAGGAAGUGUUGGAAAGUGUUAGAUCAGUUCAUUUGACUUUUACGUGUAGGAAUUUGAGAAUUAUCUGUAUUGUUAUUAAAUCUAUAAAACUGGAAAUUUAGUUCCAUCUUGAGUUGUUGCAAGAUAUGGCUCAAAUUGUCAAUUUCACUGUGAUAAAAUUUGGAAGAAAAGAUUAAAUGAAUGAUUUAUGGCAUGGUGCAUUUCAGCAGUUAGUGCUAAACAGCAGUCAAAUUUAAUUAAUUACACUGUAAAAUGCAUCAGUGUAGGGAUGAUUAAUCUUUUCAUUACAUGUGUGUAUCUAAUUAUUUUAAUAUUUUGAUGAAAGAUGUAUUUACAACAAAUGUUACUGUAUGUGUAGUGUAAAUAGUAAUCCUAUCUAAUAAUGUAUACUUUUUUGACAUGAAAGUGCGAAGGAAAUAAUUUAAUGGUGUAAUUAAUGAAUUUAUUUUGUUGAAAUAUUUCUGGUCUUAAUGAAAUCUCACAAAACAAUUUUACUUGUGUUUUUAUUUAUGAAGUACUGUUUUUUUAAUUCUUUGAAUUUUGGAGGGUGGAUGUACAAAACUUGAGAUUGAUUAUGUUUUCAUUUAGAAAGUGUUGUUUAUUUACAUCAUACUGCAAUAACCAUUACAAUGUUCCCUUAUGGUUUACAUAUGUUUGUAGUUCCGUAUUUUCCUCUGAUAAUUAAUGGAUAAAUUGGGAUUUUCUCAACAUUGAUUUUAAUGGACUAAACAUGCCAGAUACAUGGGAAGCAAGUUAACUCGUACCAUUGUAAACUCGUACCACGUAAACUCGUACCAAAAAAGUUAACUCAUACCAACGUAAACUCGUACCACUGGGAAGUCGUACCAAUCAGAACUCGUACCACUGCAAACUCGUACCAUUAAAAAUAUAUUCAAAAAUACGAAUGUUUUAUGAUUUUUUUUUUUGGUAAACUAAAUAAAAAAAGUUGAAUUACUUGAAUUUUAUACUAGAUUUUAAUGAAAACUUAGACAAAAAUACGAAUGUUUUAUGAUUAUUUUUUUUUAAGCUUUAUACAAAAAAUUAAAAUAUCUUUGAAAUUUAUACCAGAUUUUAAUGAAAACUUAGACAAAAAUAUGAAUGUAAUUUCUUAAUUACCAUGCUAAUAAAUAUAUUAAAUUCCUUUGAUUGUGUGAUUAUUGGUUGAUUAUUAACUAAUCAACUUGUUUUUUUUUAUCUUUAACUAAUCAACUUGUAUAAUCAUAUAAGCAUGGUCAUAUUCUGCUGAAAUGUGCUGAAUAUUGUAUUAAAAUAAAUUUCAUACUUUCUAACUGUUGGUCAUAAACAAUUUUAAACCUUUAAAACACAAUCAAUAAAUUCUUUCAUUAAAUAAAAUUCCUUUUAGAAACAAUAGAAAAAUACCCAAAUCUAUUCAAUGUUACUGAUUUGGAAUGAUUAAAAAUUAAAUCAAAUAGUUGUCAGUAAAAGUUUAAAAAAGAGUCUAUUCAAGGGAUACAACAAAGCCAAUCUGCCACGGUUUUCUCUAUCCAAUUAGACAAGGAAAAUUAGCUACAAAUUGGUUAUUGUAAUUUCAAAUUACAUACAUUUUACAGACUUAAGAGGUAUUGAGUGAAAUUAAAGUAUAUAUUCAUCAUUAAACACCAUUUUAAUGCAUUUAAAUAAGUUGGUACGAGUUUACAAUGGUAUGAAUUUACCGUGGUACGAGUUAGCAGUGGUACGAGUUUGCAUUGGUACGAGUUUUUGUUAAGUGGUACGAGUUUACAAUGGUACGAGAUAACUAUAAUUCGAUACAUGUAUGUAUGUUAAAAAUUUACAGAAUGUUAAGACAAAACUUUUAAAUAUGUGAGAUUGUAUAACAUACAUUUGUGCAAGUACAUGUACAUGCAGGUCAAAUGACAGUUCAAGAUAAUUUGAAAACAAAAUAUGUUUUUAAUGAGUCUAAAUAUUGAUAAAUUUAAAAUAACUGUAGUGCUACCUUGUGUUAUAAAUGUCUUUUGAACUCAACAUGUUUAUACACAGCUUUUUAAGUUAACUAUUUAAAUAGUCUUAAGAUGGAUACAUCUGAUACAUGUAUACUAUGAACAUGUACAUGCACACUUAUUUUUUUAAUUGGAGGGUCUUAAUUAUAUCUAUUAAGUACUCACCACACAUGUAUAUGUAUACGUAACAUGUGUAAUUGUUGACGUUUUCUGUUAAAAUCAUUUUGAAAUAAGGUAAUAUAAUAAUGUACAUGCAAUUUUUUUUAUGUCUCAAUUUAAUACUGUACACUUUUAAACAGGAAAUCAUAGUUAUAAAAUUUUACGAUAUAAAUAUAAUAACAAAUGUACUUCAUAUCUGAUUAUAAUUUUUUGUUGUAUCCUAUAUACAUGUACAUUAUAAAACAUUUAGUGUACAUAUUCAUGUAUAAUGUUUUGGCUCAUAUGAAUGUGUGUGAAAAUUGAAAUUCCUCGCAAUGAUAAACAUAACAAAAUGCUUUUUUAAAAUUUAUCCCUAUUCUUUUAAUAGACCUAAAUAACAUAGCUUUUUAACAAUGGUCAUUGUACACCAACUUCAUGUGUAUGUACUUGUGCAGUAAAGUAAUGCUAUUUAUAUCAGCAUCAUCAUUUUUGUACAUUUGAACAAUGAUCUAUGUUCAUGAAUAUAAGGUACAUCUGCAUCAUGGUUUUUUGUACAGUUGCAUUGUGAACAAUCAGCAUUAUGCAUUUUUGCAGUUGCAGUUGACAUCUUGGGAGCCCAUUUGUUAUUUUUUCUUUGUAGUGUUUUUUUUCUUUUUAAAGAAUUUUGGUAUAUUUUAAUUUACAUAUAUUUACCAUGUUUACUUUGACAAAAAUACCUGUACAUUUGCUUACACAUUGUACUGUACAUGUAUUAUAAUACAUGUGUGUGUUCUGUUAUAUUCCUUAUUUUUAUAAUUCCAACAGUUGCCUCCCAUUAUUUAUCUAGGUCAAGUUUUUCCUUUGGGAGGGUAUCUAAUUAUACAAGUAUUUAUAUAAAUUAGAAAUUUUGUAUUUUUUCCAUAUUUAUGCUAGGAAGCAAAAGAUUUUCUUAUCACAAAGGAAAAGUGAUGUUCCAAAUCAGUACUGAUCAAUUUUUUUAAGAUCUACCAGUCGUGUGGAAGUUCCAGAAGGAGAAAUUUUAAGAAACAGAAAAAGUUUUAAUGAAUUCUAUUUGCCCUAAAGGGAAGGAAAUAAGUUGUUCUGGACUUGACAUUACAAAAAAAUAGAAUAAAUUAUUUGAAAGUACAUUUUUUUGUACAUGUACAAGUAGAACACCAUAAAUUACAUGUAAAGCAUUUCCUGAAAGACAACAUUGUACACAUUUGGCAAAUUGUCAAGUGGAGCAUUAAAAGCAAAAUUACUUGUAUUGCUAAACAGUUCAGAUAAAGUAUAAAGAUUUUUUUUUAUCAAAAUUGAUGAAGGAUAUUGGUGAAAUAUAAUGAGGAAAAGAUCACUUGGUUGAAGUAAAAUCUAUAAUUUUCAGAUCACACGUAUAUAUUUUUCUACUACCAACCAAAAUCCAUGCACAAUACAUAAUGAAAUUUUUAUUGAAUGUAAAACACACACAAGUUGGCACACUUACAUUUUUUUCUAUAUUUUGUGAUAAUGUGUUAGACAUUUAUUCACUAAAAACUAUUCUUUAUAUACAUUGGAUGAAGAGGAGAAGCAAACACCAUUUAAUUUUCCAUACAAGAAUAAAUUAAUAUUGUUCAUACAUGUACAUGUAUUAUAGUGAAGUUAAAAAUGUUCACAUGGCAUAUUACACUUUGAAGUUAACAUUCAUGAACAGAAUAUUAUUUGUGUGGCUUUUAUAUAGGGCUCAAUUAUCAUAAUAGAUACAUGUAGAUUACUGAAUCUACUGAUAAUCUAGAAUUUUUUUCUUUAGCUUGGAGAAAUGUGAGUCUGAGAUAGUGGUAUGAAUGAGGAUAUAAACGAAUGACAUUGAACUGAUAAAUUAGGUCUCUAUGUACCUCCAUAUAGUUGUUAUUUUGUAAUGUAAAUUAUUAAAUGUAUGAAUCUGAAGUUUUAAUAAAUGUUGGAAAACUG